ACUUUUAUACGCUGGUACGGCGACCUUCUGAGUAGAAAAAGGCGGCAAAUUUUAAAAAUGUCGGUGCGAAGAGUUGACUUCCCAUAGAAAAAUUAAAAUUAGCACCUUUAUCAACUGACAAGUUGGUUGUGUUUUAGUAUACAUGCGUAAGCUACAUUCUCUGUGUGCAAGUAGCAUUCUUUUUAGUGAAUAUAUUUUGAAGGGAUAGAAUGAUCAUGGAAUAAAUUAAACAAAUAUUGACAUAAAAUAAAUAUAUUAAAAGAACACAUAAUUUUUGAAGCUAUAACACGUUUUAAUAUGCUAUUUAAUAUCAACCUUUACAUAGUAUGUGUGCUUUGCUAGAUUUCUGAACGAACACAACAAAUUGGCGCGAAAUGCGUGACAAUUCCGUUCUGUUCUGAGUCUGACAGAUACUUUCGACAAGACAGGUGUUCAUGUUUUUGUCCUGCGAUAACGGUGAAAAGAAAUAAUUUCGUCUAUUCCAAGCAAACAUGAACUCCUAAUAUUUUCAACAUCAACACCCGUGUAGAAUCAAAAUGUUCGUCGAAGACCUGAAGAACGAUUUCUACAACGUACUAUUAGGCAACAGGGUGUUGUUGUUGGUCCACUACGACGUCGACGCGAUAUGUACGUGUAAAAUACUCCAGGGCUUAUUUAAAUGCGAUAAUAUUUCGUAUACUUUAGUGCCUGUGGGGGGUAUUGCGGAAUUGAAGCAAGCAUAUGAAGAGAACAAUGAAGAGAUAAAGUAUGUGUGCCUGGUGAACUGUGGGGGCACUAUAGACUUGGUGGACAUCCUGCAGCCAGAGGAGGAUGUGGUGUUCUUUGUGCUGGAUUGUCAUAAACCUACAGAUGUAUGCAAUGUUUACAGUGAUGGGCAGGUGAGAUUAGUGUACAAGGAUGAGGAAGAGAAGAUCCCUAACUUUGAUGACAUCUUCAGGGACGAUGAGGAUGAAGAGGAACAGGAGUCGGAGGGCGGGCGCGAGGGCCUGGAGGCGCGCGUGGAGCGCCGCCGCGCGCGCCGCGCCUGGGAGGAGCGCCGCGACACGCUCAUGUUCAACUACACGCAGUUCUCAUACUACGGCAAGCCUAGCGCGCUGGUAGCCCUAGACUUGUCGUGGCUGGUGUCCCGCCUCGGGCCGCGAGAAGCCUGGGCCGGCGCGGUGGCCAGCGCGGCGCACGAGGCGUGGGGCGCGCGCGGCGCGGCCGCCUGCCUGCUGGACGCCGCGCUGCUCACCCGCGCGCGGAGCCACAGCACUGAUAAUUCAGUGGAGCUAGUUUUGGAAAAGGAUGCUCCGCUGCCCCUAUACCGCUGGUGGUCCUUGGAGAGCGCGCUGAAACACUCGCCCGCUAUUGGGCCGUUCCUCAAACUACACUCCCUCGCCGGUGUGUCGAGGUUACGACAAUUGUUGGCCGACAUGGGAUUCCCGUUACAACAAGCACGACAAGCGUACCGCUCCAUGGACGUGGAGCUCCGCCGCGGGCUGCUGGAGGCCCUGGAGGCCGCCGGCGGCCGCCUCGGCCUCCGCGACGUGUCUCGGACCGCGUAUAUACUGAGACGCGCGCACGCGCCGCCGCUGUCGGCGCUGGACGCUGUGUACGCUACCGCCGCGCUGCUCGAACACGAAACCAUACCCCGCUCCGAAGGCUUCCAGCUCGCAUUAUCCGCCUUAGACCUAGAGAGUGAAAACGAGAGCCUUCGUCUAGGCAUACAGUCAGCCCAACGGUCACUAGAAGCUGUCGCUAGACUUGUCAACGCUACACUAUCAGCCAGAGCAUUGCAUCUGGCAGGACCCUUCACAUACUUCAUCGUUCACGAGGGCACUCCGGAGGCAGCGUGGGUGUCGGGCCCCACGUGGCUGGGCGUGGCGGCGCGCUGGGCGGCCGACGCGGCCGGCGCCCGCGCGCUCGUGGCCAGCGCGCCGCUCGACGCGCAGCGCUGCAUCAUGCUCGGCGUGCCGCCCCGCCGCCAGGAGCCCGCCAACUUAUUCGGCGCCGCCUUCUCCCAAGCCGCGGCCAAGAGCGGCGUGUCCGUGUCGCUGGACCACGUGGACUCGUCGGUCGUGACGCUGCCCACGGCGCAAAGAGCGCAGUUCCUGGACGCGCUCACCGCGCUACUCGCCGAUACCUGAACUUUACCACUCUAA